AGCUCCUGUCCCCCCCCCACCCCACCCCGUCCCCCGUGGGACGCAGGAGGGGCCGUCGGCCGCCCUCCUCCGUCCCGUCCUAGGUCUGUGCCUGCACGGGAGGGAGGGGCAGACACCUGAGGAUGGGGGGGUCACGGAGGUGCGUGGCCCUGCGCAUUCUUCAUCCUACUCGGAGGUGCCUUUACCACCCGCCCUUCCCCAGGGGCCCGUUUGAGGAGCGGUGAGGUCUCCCACCUCCCUCUAAGCUCCAGCAGGGUGAGGCUGCAGGGUCACCUCCGCACAGUUCCUCCAGGCGGCAGGACCAGCAAGGAGGGGGCCCCCGGCGGGGGCGUGAGUGCAGAGCAGGGAAGGAGACAAAGGAGGGGGUCGCCACGCCCCAGUGCCCCCCAUCCAGUUGCCCCGCCCCCAGACCUCCUGGCUCCGCCCACCACCGCCAGACUCGGGUCAGCACCCGCCCCGGAGUCCCCAACUCCAGCGCUCCCCCCGCGGCUCACCCGGCCGCGCCCCCUCCCGCGUCCCCGCCCCGGCUGCUCCCCAGCCCCGCAGCCACCAGCCUGCUGGGCCGGCCACGGUGCGCCAUGGGCAGUGGCAGCAGCCGAAGCAGCCGGGCCCUGAGGCGGCUGCGCGGCCCCGACAGCCGGCCGGCGGGGCCUGGCGGGGCAACCCCGGAGGGCGGGACUGGUGCCCGGGAGGAGGCCCCGGAGGCAGUGGGGGAGGCGGCUGGGGGCGCGGCGGGCACCGACCCUGGCCCCGGGGCGCCCCCCGACGGCCGGGAUGAAACCCUGCGCUUGCUGGACCAGCUGCUGGCCGAGUCGGCGACCUGGGGUCCGGGGGAGACAGCCCCGCGAGGCCCCACGCGGCCCCGACCUGCCGCAGGCGCGGGGAGCCCGCUGCGUGACCACCCGCUAAGUGAGGCAUUCCGGGCGCCUUCCAGCCCGGGUGCAAAGUGGCGCGGGGCGCCUGGGGACACUGCUGGAGGAGGCGCUAAGCGGCAGGACCGGUAGCCAAACAGCGGUUCAGGGAUGCCCUGCGUGUCACUCGCCUCGCCGGCCAAACCGGGCGCGCACCGCUCUCUGUUUUUAAGGGUCCGCGGAACCUCUUCUUGGCGCCCCUACUCUCUCUUCCAGAACACUUGUAACAACAGCCCUGCUGCUCUAGAAAAACAAUAAAAGGAGCGCUCCGGGUUGGCGCAGCCCUCACUCCCGCGGAGCUGAAGGAACGAGGUCUUUAGCAGCAGCUCCUGGGCUUGAGGAGGAAGCUGGAGGCGGCGGCCCGGCUGCACGCCCACCGCGGGCGCUGCCUGACCUUGGCGGCGGACCUGAGCGGAGUGUCAGCCAGCAGCAGGAUGCCGAACACGCCGAGGGAGGGCGGGGAGGGCUGGCCGACCCUGGACAGCGCAGGCCGCUCCCGCUCCUCCAGCUCCUCCUGGCCCAGCCCCGCGGCCCUCCUGGAGUGAGCGGCCGUUAAGCAGACCGAAUUAUAUAACAGGAUGCCUGUAAGCCUGCGUCAGCCCGCGGUUAUGUAACACUAAACACGGAUGAACAGUUUGGAGGAAUUCUGAGAUGGCAUGGAAACAGUAUUUUUAGUGUUCAAUGGGCAAGUGCUUUGGGAACUUGAGAUGUUUAAGCGGGAAAACGGCCCUGACUGGGUGGCUCUGUUGGUUGGAGCGUUGUCCCGAGCACCAGAA